AUCACCAGAUCUGCUCAUAAAGCUGCAUCCAUCAGAACAAAGCUCCUCCAGUCGCCUCCGCUUUCAUUUCCUGUGCAGCAGGAAAUUGUGUCGGCUCUCGUCUGAUUGGCUGCUGAUAGCCGCCACCGUUAUCAGCUGCCAAUCAGCCGCUCAGCGUUUAUUGAAGCUGCUUUAUGUGGAGGAGGCGUCCGUCCAUCAAAGACCUGCAACAAAGACCAGAGAACUCUGGAAACAUCACAAAUACAGCUAGCUUAGCAUCAAGACUGGGAAGAGCUAGCUUAGCAUCAAGAUGUUUUUAUAGUGCCAGAUGUUUAGCUCCUCCUCCUCCACAGCCUCCUCUAAGCCCCUCCCACUAUCUGUCUCCUUGCUUGGUUAGUUCGUCUGUCGCUGCCUGACCAAUAACGAAGCAGCUGAGGUCUGUGGGUGGAGCUUCACUCUCCUCCCCAAGGGUAUUUAGCCAGAGACAUUAGGCGACGCCCUCAGACACGAUCCAUCAGCACCAGAACCAGCACCAGAACCAGCACCAGAACCAGAGCCAGAACCAGAGCGUCAGGCUGGAGCCCUGGUACUCCUACACCCACUGGUUCCCCAUGGCCUCGGCCCAUGUGAUGAAGGACGUCCCGGAGCCGGUUCCCAGGAUGCAGCCGGCCAUGAUGAUGUUCUCCAGUAAGUACUGGUCCAGGAGGGGCAUGUCUCUGGACUCGGCCAUGUUUGACCAGCGGCAGCAGCACCAGCAGCGCCACACCGGCGGGCAGAUGUCCAGGCGUCCGUCCUUUUGUCCCAUCAAUGAGAACCAGGAGCAGGAGGAUUUGGGGAAAACAGCCGUGGUUUUUUCUCUGAAGAACGAAGUCGGAUGUUUGGUGAAAGCUCUCAGACUGUUCCAGGAGAGGAGGGUGAACCUGAGGCACAUAGAGUCGCGGAUGUCGAGGCGAGCUCCUAACGAGGUGGAGAUCUUUGCUGAUUGUAGUUGCAGCCAGAAAGAGUUCAACGAGUUGCUGCAACAUCUCAAAGAUCACGUCAACAUUGUUUCCUUCAACACCCCAGCACACGUUUGGUCAACGGAGGCAGAUGAAGAGGACGUCCCCUGGUUUCCCAUGAAGAUCUCAGAGUUGGACCAGUGUUCUCACCGUGUGCUGAUGUACGGCUCUGAGCUGGACGCUGAUCAUCCUGGCUUUAAAGACGACGUCUAUCGCCAGCGCAGGAAGUUCUUCGUGGAGGUGGCCAUGAACUAUAAAUUUGGACAACCCAUUCCACGCAUCGAGUACACGGCGGAGGAGGUGAGGACGUGGGGGGUGGUGUUCAGGGAGCUCACCCAGCUGUACCCCACCCACGCCUGCAGAGAAUACCUGAAGAACCUGCCUCUGCUCACCAAGCACUGUGGCUACAGGGAGGACAACAUCCCUCAGCUGGAGGACGUCUCGCUCUUCCUCCGAGAGCGCUCUGGUUUCACGGUUCGUCCUGUAGCAGGUUAUCUUUCUCCCAGAGACUUCCUGGCUGGUUUGGCCUACAGAGUGUUUAACUGCACUCAGUAUGUUCGUCACAGCACCGACCCCCUCUACACCCCCGAACCGGACACAUGUCAUGAGCUGCUGGGUCACGUUCCUCUUCUGGCUGAUCCUAAGUUCGCUCAGUUCUCUCAGGAGAUCGGUUUGGCUUCGCUCGGAGCGUCAGACGAGGACGUCCAGAAACUGGCCACAUGUUAUUUCUUCACCAUUGAGUUUGGACUCUGCAAACAGGACGGUCAGCUGAGAGCUUACGGAGCCGGUCUGCUGUCGUCUAUCGGAGAGCUCCGGCAUGCCUUGUCUGACCAGGCCUGUGUGAAGACGUUUGACCCAAAGACGACCUGCAACCAGGAGUGUCUCAUCACCACCUUCCAGGACGUCUACUUCGUGUCAGAGAGCUUCGAGGAGGCCAAGGAGAAGAUGAGGGAGUUUGCGAAGACGAUAAAGAGGCCGUUCUCCGUGUACUACAACCCGUACACUCAGAGCAUGGACCUGCUGAAGGACACUCGCAGCAUCGAGGACGUGGUCCAGGACCUUCGCAGCGAUUUGACCACGGUGUGCGACGCUCUGGGGAAGAUGAACACCUACAUGGGAAUCUGAGCCUCUGAUUGGUCCAAACCCCUCCAGCCGCCAUCACAUGAGGUGGAACCAUCACUUCGUGCUUCAUUCACUCAUGAAGUCAUAAAUAACCUCCUCCUCCUCUCCUCCUUCCGUGGUCUAGGUCCAUCUUGUCUAAAAUAAAGCAACAUUUCCAGUGUUGAUGACUCAAACUAAGAUCCAAUAAUGAGAUAAUUAGAGUUUUAUUUCCAGGAGAAAAGCUAAAGCUUGUUGUGUUUUGGAUGUUGUUGUGAAGCUGCUCAUCUUGAUGCUGAGAAACUACAACAAAGAUCUUCUCCAGCACAGACGUCGACCGCAGCAGAUAAAACUAAACCAGCUGUCGUCGUCAUGGAGACGUCCUCGUAAACCUUCAGCUAGUUUCAUCCCACUGCUGCUAUUUGCUCCUGUUCACAAUCAUUAAAACCACAAAGUGUUGUUCAGCA